AUGUCCUCCAACGAAUCUCCCUACCUCUCCUCUGCUGACGACACCCUCAUCGACAAACGAACGUCGCUCCCCAGUCACCUCUGCUCCCCCACCGUGUCAGAAGCAGGAGACUUCGAGGCUAUACUCCGUAACGAAGACACUCCCAUGCUCAGUGCAAGGGGACAAGAGUAUCGAAGAGAGGAAGCAGCAAGGAGGUAUCAGGCUCAAGUCGACACUGACGCGGCAGAAGAAGCAGCUGUGGCGCAAAUCCCUGGAUCCCCCGUCAUAGAUAUAUCCACAUCCCCUUCGUCCUCUCCCUCACCGCCCCCUUUGAUCCGUGAAGCUAACGAAGGCGUCAUCUUCCCGGAUAGGGAAACCUAUCUCACGACCCCCGUUGCGUACAUGAUGGGACUUAUCGAGGGGACGCCUAACACAGAGUUCGUGUCAGGACCGACUAGACCGGAGAUUCAGCGAGCGUUGGAAAUCCUGGAAGAAGAAAGAAGUUUUGUUCGACAUGCACAGCGAGCCUUGCAGAUCAGAGAGGGCACGAUCAUUGCCCGUAUCAAUGCAGGGCAACAAAAACUCAUGGGCUUGCAGAACCUUCGAGAUUCCUUUCACCCUGCUGACGACCCUACCCCUUCCACCGAGUAUCACAUGCCUACCACGGCUGUGGUAUCUCGUGCCUUGUCUUCGGCCUCAAAUGGCGCUCCGCUUCACCCGAUGCCGGGGACUUACCCCACAAGGACCGACAGAGAGCGAGACGUAUAUCGGUUUGCACAAGUCUCCCCCCGUUAUCACAUCAUCCCCGCACGUCUCGGCCUCAUCCGCUCCUCGACACGAACCCGACCUCCUCUUCCCUUCACUGAGUACGACUCUAGCGAAUCCGAUACCGCGCCCGUUGUACUCCGCCCUCGUGGAGCUUAG